AUGUCAGGACGUGGCAAGCAGGGGGGGAAAGCUAGAGCUAAAGCUAAAUCUCGCUCCUCUCGUGCUGGGCUCCAGUUUCCCGUAGGUCGAGUUCACCGCCUUCUUCGCAAGGGAAACUAUGCCGAGCGGGUUGGUGCUGGAGCCCCUGUUUAUCUUGCUGCAGUGUUGGAAUAUCUGACAGCUGAAAUCCUGGAGCUGGCUGGAAACGCUGCCCGGGAUAACAAGAAAACUAGAAUAAUCCCUCGCCACCUCCAGUUGGCCGUCCGUAACGACGAGGAGCUGAACAAGCUACUGGGAGGCGUUACUAUUGCCCAGGGAGGAGUGUUGCCCAAUAUCCAAGCUGUGCUACUACCCAAGAAGACCGAGAGCCACAAGGCCAAAGGCAAAUGA